UGGGGCGGCCCGAGCGCGGUUGUGCGCAGGCGCACGGCGCGCGCUCCCUUUCUGCCCCGCGCGGAGCCGCCAUGGCGCCCGCGCAGAAGAAGCCCGCGGCGAAAGGUGGCAAGAAGAAGAAGCAGGUGCUGAAGUUCACGCUGGACUGCACGCACCCCGUCGAGGAUGGCAUCAUGGACGCUGCCAACUUCGAGCAGUUCCUGCAGGAACGGAUCAARGUGAACGGCAAAGCGGGAAACCUGGGUGGGGGCGUGGUGACCAUCGAGAGGAGCAAGAGCAAGAUCACGGUCACGUCAGAGGUGCCGUUCUCCAAGAGGUAUCUCAAGUACCUGACCAAGAAGUACCUGAAGAAGAACAACCUGCGGGACUGGCUGCGUGUGGUGGCCAACAGCAAGGAGAGCUACGAGCUGCGCUACUUCCAGAUCAACCAGGAUGAAGAGGAGGAGGAAGAGGAAGAUUGAGCCCCGCCGCCGCUGACGGCCAUUUUGUACAGUUUCGCUUUUCUGGAAUAAACAGCGGCAGAGUUGUUCUUAA